AUGGAGAAGAUUCCAAUGGGUCUUUGGAGCUACUUGAUGGAAGUGGUCUCGUUCUUUAAGUUUAUUGUUUUGCAUUUGCAUGGCUUAAAUGUGCAGCCUCUGAGCAAAAGUAGUGUAGAUGAAAUUUCAAGCGCUGCAGAAAAGUGGGGUUUUUUUCAGAUUGUUAAUCAUGGAAUUCCUGAGUCUCUUAUUGCUCGAGUACAAGCUGUGGGGAAGGCCUUCUUUGAGCUUCCUAUUGAAGAAAAGGAAUUGUAUAAAAGGGAAGGAGGGAACAAUGCUGGGUAUGGCAGCAAUGUAGGAAUUUCAGCUGAUGCGAAAUUAGACUGGAGGGAUACCUAUUAUAAUAAUAUUGUGUGGCCUGUUUCGCAGAGAGUCAUGAGCAAGUGGCCCAAACAACCUUCUGAUUUCACGGAAGUGAUGGAUGAAUACAGCAAAAAGAUUUGCAAAUUGUGGGAAGUUCUGAUGCAGGCACUAUGUGGCGGCCUUGGAUUGGCUAAUGAAAAUGCUCUUGAUGAGGCCUUGGGUGGAGAGAGGAAGGAGAUUCAUUUUGACCAAACCCCAGGCCUACAAGUUCUCAAGGGUGAUGAAUGGAUUAAUGUUCCCUGCAUCCCAGGUGCUCUCGUGAUCAAUAUUGGUGAUCAAAUUGAGAUAUUGAGCAAUGGAAAAUACAAAAGCAUUGAACAUAGGAGUUUUGUUCAGAAAAACCACGUGAGGAUGUCAUGGCCCAUGUUUUGUACUCCAUCUCAAAAUGUAAUCAUCUCACCUCUCAAAGAAUUGAUAGAUGAAGAGAAUCCUCCAUUGUAUGCAGCAUCGUCCUUCCAAGAGUAUCUGGAGCAGUUUUUCACCAAAGGAUUGAUUGGCAAGGAGCAUCUCACCGAUUUCAAAAAUUCAUCUGCAUAG